GAUUAUCUUGGUCAACGAAAUCACCAUGAUUUGGAAGAUUGCCUUUUGUUUGGGAUUAAUCUACCACUGCGUAAGAAGCUCGUCUCAUGAGACUUCUCAUGGCCACCGCGGGGUGGACACAUUGAAACAAUCUCUAUCCAUUCCCAGACUUCAUGGAGCUCUACGAGAUGAAACGGAGUACGUCAUGGACAUCCUCCGACAAAAUCACGUUGUAAAUGCCAGCGAGAACUCUCUGCCGGAUCUCUCACCUUCACGGGGAUUGGACCAUCUGUCCUCGUCCGGUAGCUGUCCAUGGAGGUACGUGAUAACACGAGACGACAAUCGAAUACCAUCGACAUUAAUAGAAAGUAGAUGUAUUAAUAGUAACUGUCAAGGCGUGGACCGAAAUUCGGACGACGGUUGUAGAGCAGCCUGUCAUUGUCAAGAAGUCUACCGGUUUGUAAAGGUCAAAAGGAAAAGGGUCUCCACAUCGCGUAUCGCGAUGUUCAGUGAAGUGUGGGAACGAUUAGCGGUUGGGUGCACCUGUACUUGUGACUUUUCUACGUCAUGAAAUCAAACGAAAUUUUCUUUGGAAAAUUUCAAAAUCGUAUGAUCAUAUCCAAAAUGACCAAACUAUCCAAAUUUAGACAAUUUUCAUUCAUGACGUGAAUUUAUGUGUUCCGUUUACUAAAAUAUUGUACAGAAAAAAAUAUAUAUCACUGUUUAUUUUUUUGUCAUAGAAAGAGCCACUAUGAAUAAAAGUUAACAUGGCAGGUCGUUUAAGAGUUAAACCAUUCUCAUAAUAUUGGAAUAUUUUUGAUUUCUUUUUUUUUCAGUUUUUUAAAUGACAUAUAGCAAAAAGGUGUACGCUAAAAACAUAUUGAUUUACCUAUCAUAGUUUGAACACGUGUAUAACACAAUUUUUCAAGGAAUGUUUUACAUUAUUAGACUGCAUAAUGAAAAAAACUUAUGCAUUGCAUUUAUAUAAGGUAAAUUAUUUGAUUGAUGAAGACAAAAUAAAAAGUAAAUAUAAUUGAAAAAUGUAAAUU